UGCGCAGUUUGCGUGCGGUUUUCGGAGCAAUAGGAUGCAGCAGCAGCAGCAGCAAAAGCAGCAACAGCAGUAAAAACAGCGGCCGCCGAAGAAUCAACUUAAGCGGGUUCAAUUCCAUAAAGGAGUUUGCCCACAGUGUAUGAACAAUUGAUAAAAAAGAAAACAUUUAAACUCAAGUUCUGUGAAUGGAAAAUCAAAACAAAAGACUAUUUUAUGUGACUUGAGGGAAUCGAGCGUGAAAAGUUGGGUGUUUCUUUUGGGCUCUGCAAGGACCCUUGGAUUACCUUGCGGGGCGAGCAGAAUCGGCAGACAUAACUUUGCUGUCGGAUGCCUUGGAGCGACGAGCGACAGGAGAAGAAAAUCGAAAUAACAGAUCGAAAGAGGCUGCAAAGCGAAGAUAUUGCAGCUGCAGCAGCAACAUCGACUGGGACAGAAGCGGGUAUUGAGGCGGCAAGUGCAGCAGCAACAUAGACCCCUUCUCUCUGGCCCCUUUUUUUUUGGGCAGUGCAUAUUUUCAAGCCAACAAAGAGCUCGAGCAGCGUGUAAAGCGGCGCUGCAGCCGCAUAAAAUGGCCGCAGCGACAACGGCAACAUUUACAAUUGCAGCGGCGAUAACAAUAGCAGCAACAGCAGCAAAAUGAAUGAGACCUACAGCAGCUGCAGCAGCAACAUUGCACGGCAACGCCGAUGAUAAUGAUGAUAAUAAUAAUAAUAAUGAUGACGAUGAUGCAGACGAAGUCGCUCAAGCGCAUGAUGACGACGUUGUCGAGUUGCAAUUUCAAGAGCCACAACACAAUGCCAAGUGCCAGCAACAAGCUGAGCGAAGGGAGAAUUUAAGUGCCAAAGGCAACCGCAGCAGCACGCAGCAGCAACAGCAACAGCUACAGCAGCAGCAGCAGCAGCAGCAGCAGCAGCAGCAGCAGCAACACGCAGCAGCAACAGCAACAAGAUUUUUCGCUAACCAAGCAGAAUCAAAACUUAAUUUACAUAACAAAACAGAAGAUUCCGCAGAAUCUCCAACGCCCAAAAGCAAAAAUCAAAAAGGAGGCAGCAACAUAGCCAGCAGCAACAUUCCCGACAGCAACAUGUCCAUUCCACUGGGCGUCAGGGGGCGUGGCCUCUCUUGGGUGGUGCUCCUGCUUCUGCUGGCCACCACAUUGGGCGGUGGUGGCUGGGCGGCGCCCACAGUGGGGCAAAAUCAGGCGCAGCCACAGCAGCAGCAGCACCACCACCAUCAGCACAAUCACCAUCUGGAAAUCGGAGUGCAGGGCAACACGCCCACGCUGAUGGAGGCCAGCACCACCAGGGAUGGCAAGCAUGCACCACUGGCCACUACCAAGGCCCCACCAAUGCCUGGCAGCACCAGCGCCACCAGCACCACCAGCACCACCGAGAUGCCAAGAGCCACCGACGAAAUACAGGUGGCCAAACAAGUGCCAACAGUUAAAAUAGCUGAAAGUGGGGUAUCUGCAAUCAACAUCACUGAAGGGCAAACCACUGAAAGGAGUUCUAGUGAAAAAAGCACCACUGAAUGGAGUACUAAUGAUAGAAGCACCACUGAAAGAAGUGCUAGUGGCAUAGGCAACCCAAAAAGAAGUACCAUUGAAAGUAGCACUACUGAAAGAAGCACCACUGAAAGAAGCACCACUGAAAGAAGCACCACUGAAAGAAGCACCACUGAAAGUAGCACUACUGAAAGAAGCACCACUGAAAGAAGCACCACUGAAAGAAGCACCACUGAAAGUAGCACAACCACUGAGAUACCAACCAUAGCCAAUGAAUCACUAAGAAGAGCCACUGAAAUACCAGUUAAUAAGACAUCAGCACCACCGGCAAACAACAAGAGCAAGAAAAAGGAAUUCCAGGUGGUGCAGCUGCUGGAUUUGGAGCACACGGUGGCCCCACCUCUGGACAGUGGCCACGAUGGCCUCAAGCUGACCAAGAAAAAGCAGCUGCAGCAGCAACACUAUCCACCCACCAUGGCCACCACAACCAUAGAAUCGGAGAUGGAGAGAGUGCCCACAACCACAACAACCACCACAACAACCAAGGCACCAUCGCCCCCGGCCACGCCCCUGCUGCCCGUGCACAAUGGCUACCUGGGACCCAUUUUUAUGGGCGAGAAAACGUUCAGUGUGGUGCAUCCGCUGAAGAAACCGCAGCCAGCAAGCCACCAGCAUGUGGCUUCCAUUGAGAGCCAGUUGCGCAAUGGCCGAUUGGUGGAGAUUCUGGCGCCCACAGCCCUGCUCGAGCAGAUUCCUGAUGUAACCAGCACCAGCACCACCCACGAGCCACCGCAAGUGGCCCGAGCAGCCUCCUCUGCUUCAGUGCUCUCCACCACCGUUUUCCAAGUGCCCGAACUCCAGACCACUUUGCCCAUCAGCAGUAAUGAGCAGGCUGCACCACCUCAAUCACCUCAAUCACCUCAAUCACCUGCACCACCUCGCAUCGAAUCCAAGAUCUCUGAUAUCCAGAUCGAAGUGUACGACUCCACGGUGGACUCCAUAGUGGCAUCGACGAAUUUCCGCGACAGUGAGGGCUUCUAUGCACCACCGCAGCAGCAGAAUGUGGAAGUGGGCACCACCAGGCCACCGCGUGAGUUUGAGCUGCAAUUGCCGCAGGAGCGGUUCACCCAGUAUGUGAUUGAUCGGGCGGAUGUCUCAACGUCCACUCAACCCGCCUCGGGUGGUGCUGGCGGUGCUGGUGGUGCAAUUAUGGGCAAACCGGAGCCGGCGGCCAUCGAGAUUCACAUCAAUGUGUCCGAGGCAUUUGGCAGCGAAAGCGAGGAUCUGGAGUUCUCCUACAGGCAGCCCUCGUUGGUGAGCGACAAGCAGGGCAAGCCGGGCGAUGAGAUCCUGGUGGUGGAGAUAAUCGACAAUAGUGCGGACAACAGUAGUGCGGAAUCGGGAUCAUCGUCAUCCUCUUCCAGCGGCGAGCACAUCAAUCCGAUCUUCACCUUCCGCAAUUCCGAUGCAGCCGCUGCACCACCGCCCCCCGUGCGUCCACCUCAAACGGUUCAGGAUGCCGAUGAGCUGUUCAUGGCUGAUUUAAAGGAGGGUGUUGCCGGUGGUGCAGGUGGUGCAGGUGGUGCAGGUGGUGCAGGUGGUUCGGUUUCCAUGCCGCGACCACCGCCUCCGCCACCACCGCCGCCACCCAGGAAACCCAGCAUCGAUCGCGAUUCGGACACAAUUUUCUACAUUUCGAACACAGAGGUCAAGGUGGGUGAGUCGCUGCCCACGGUGAUGCCCAUUAUGCCACUGGGUGAGCAGCAGCAGCAGCAGCAGCAGCGCAAGUUUCAACUGGAGAAUCAGUUCUUCCCGGCCAGCUAUGUGAUGGAAUCGCCACAGCAGUCGUCGCAGCAGAAGCAGCUAUCCGAGGAGGACAUCAUCCUGUCACCGCUGUCGCACCACAACUCAGAUGCACUGAAGAUCUUCCGCAGCUCAGCGUCGUCGUCGUCGUCGUCGUCGUCGUCGAGUGGCGAUGGUGCACCACCGCUGGACGUGACCUAUGUGGGUGAGUCCGUCAUUGAGGUGGAGCAGCAGCCACAGGGCUGGAGCAGCACGGCAGCACCACCGCAACAGCAACAGCAACAGCAACAGCAGCAGCAACAGCAGCAGCAACAGGAUAUCAUUAUCCAACCGGCUGUGCUGCCGGAUUUGGCUAUUGGAGUGCCCGUAAUUGGUGAACUUCCGCCGCAGAUCGAGCUCAAGGAGAUCGACUAUAUGCCCGGCGAGUUGGGCCAGAAUGGAAUGGGCAUCUACGAGAACGACAUCCAGAGCAACAGCAUCGACGGCGAACCGGAUGUGAUCGAGAGUUCCAUUCAGUAUGGCGGCGAUUUGAUUGACGAUGGAGCAGGCGGUGGCUUCGACGGCGUCGAGGGCUCCUAUCCCUUCGAGAGUCCCGCUCACCGUCAGCAGGGCCAUGGUCAUGGGUUGAGCCGCCUGCCGCACCACCCAUCCGCCAACCACUUGCACCGCGAACAGCUACCGGUGGCGGAGAUGGUCAAUGCCACGCUACUCCAGCGAUAUGACAAUGGAUCGGGGUCGGGAUCGGGUUCCGGAUCGGGUUCCGGAUCGGGAUCUGCCUCGGCAAUGGCUCCUUUGAUGGCCAGUGGAAGUGGCAGGAGCGCAAAUGCCACUGCCCUCUCCGAGGAUCCUUUGGCCGACUACGAUGGAUUCUUCAAUCUCUUUGCUGUUUCCAUGGGUCUCAUCAUUGUCAUACUGCCCUCAGCACUGCUGGUGUCCAUGUACUGCGCUAUUAAGUAUGUCGUGGGUAAGAACGCAGGAUCAGGCACGGGUGGCGCCCAGGGCGACGACAGCGAACAGGGCCAGGAUUCCAAGCAUGAGUCUAAAAUGUCGUCAUUCUCAUCAUCUGGCACGGCAUUUGCAUCCGCCAACGCCACCACCACCACCAGCACCACCCCACGACCACGCCCAGACCACCGCCCACCGCCCAUGUCCACGCCCCCAACUGGCGUCAGUCAAGGCCAUUUUGUGUCGCCUGGUGUGGAGUGCCUCGAGUUUCGGUUCGAAGCGGGGACAGUGGGUGUGGGUCAAGUGGGUGGCUCCAUUGGUGGCUCUGCUGGUGGUUCUAGUGGUGACGAUGGCGGCUUUGCUCCCUGUGGCUCCGUCACCAAGAUAACGCUCAAAGAUAAUCAUCUGAUUGUUGUCACCGAGGAGCGGCACGACAUUUCACGAAAUGCCCGGGAGACGAAAAUGCACACGGACAAGGAUGGCGUCUUUGUGGUGGAGGUGGCCCGCGGCAUCGACUCCAAGCAGCUGGCCGGCGAUCAUCCUGGCGUGAACUUGGACGCCACCGAAUUGCCCUUCGACAACAAAGUGGCGCCCAACGGGGGGCAUUUGCUGGACAAGACUUUGCCGCCUUGCAGCCACGAACAGCAGGUGCAGGUCCAUGCACCGCCCCAGGACUUUGCCGCCGGCCAUCCCGCUCCGCUGCACCUCAUCGAGGAGGCCGAGGAGCAUGUCGCCGAGGAUUUGGCCCAGCCGGCACACGAAUCCCACUCCGAAUUGGCCCGCACUGGACUCUCGCAAUCGGACCUCAGCUCCACUUCGUCGAGUGACUCCAACAAGCGCUACUCCUACGGCAACCAGGAGCUCUAUGUCAUCGAACAGCCGGGCUAUGCCACCAGUUCACCCACGGCCAAGCCCAUUUUGAUAAGUUCAAACCAAAGUCAAGAUCAGGAACUAGAACACACGAAUACCGAUGCAUGCCAAGUGUCGAAGAAGACAGAUGCACAAGUUGGCAAUUCGGUAGAGGCUCUAGGUUCAAGUCAAGUGACCGUUAGAGAAACUGAGGUAGUUUUGGGAAAGUCAGAGAUUGAGGUACAGAAUCCACCGCAAAAGGAGGUAGUUGCUCCACCAGAAAAGUCAGUUAUUCCGGAAAAGAUGACAGAGGUUGAACUUAAAAAUGAGAAGGUGACUUCACCUAAUGAGGAAGUGCUUCCAACGAAAAAGGAAGUAGCGCCACCAAAAGGGGAAGUGGCUCCACCAAAAGAGGAAGUGGCUCCACCAACAGUGGAAGUCUCUCCACCAAAUGACGAACCAGUUCAAGAUGACUCACAGCCCCAAAAAGAGGUGGUUAAGACCGAUUCUAAGGAGGAACCUGAAAUAGAGGCCAGACCAGAUCUGGUCGAGACUCAUUCCGAGUCUGAAAAAGAAAUAGAGUUACCAGAGGAAACAGAAACCGAAACACAAACAGGACCGGAGGCUGAGGCCAACUACGACAGCCUGAUGAGUCUGCCGGCGCCACCAUCCACGGAGGAGAUCAAGGAGCUGGGCGACUACACGCUCAUCGAGUCCAACCAGUUGGACAGCCUGCCGCCGCCACCACCACCGCUCCUGGAGGCCACCACCACGUGCACUCCUCCGCCGCCUGCAAAUGGCAAGCAACUGGAGGACAAGCCCGCAUCCAUCGUCAGCACUGGGAAUGGAAUCGGCAAGGUCGUCAACGUGGUGGUGAGCGGCGGCGGAGAGGAGCCCGCCACCCUGACACCACCCGCCUCGCCGCCCGCCUCGCCACCGCCCUCGCAGACAUCGCAGACGCAGUGCGGCAACGGCAGCAAUGGGUUAACCAACGGCAUGCAUGUCAACCAUGCCCUGCCCAUCGUGGAUGUGAACGGCAGUUAAGAGAUCAGGCUGAAGAGGUCAGGUAAGAAGGGUUAAGAAGCGGCGGGUUUUUUUUUUUUCAUCGCAUCUCGUAGAGAUCCCGAAACGGAGACGACUAGCUUGUAAGGAUUACUAGGAGUAAACCCCAAAAAAACCCAAAAACCAAAAAAAAAAAAUAAAAUAAAAAUACAAAAACUGUGUGGCAAAACUUAAAUUUAAAUAUACACUUAAUAGAGAGAAACUUUUUCCACUUAAUGUUUGUUGAUUUUCGAAUAUAACGAAUAAUAACAAUUAAACGCGAUUAAUAUAAAUAAAUCAUAAUUAAUUGUUUGUCUUUUUAUGACUGGCAGCCUCUCUCCCCGCCCCACCUACCAUCCACCAUCCACCAUCUACCGUUUAAUAAUAUAUUUACCACCCAAUCGCUCCAGAAUCCCUCUCCAUUUGGAGGGAGAUGCGGCUAUCGAGUAUUUCAGUGUCUAUAACUACAAACAAUGCGAGAAACCAGAACAAAAACAAAUUAAAAAUCAAAUAUAAAUACGAUAGAAUCUGCAUACGAACUAUACAAAAUGAUAUAAUAGAUAAAAGAAAUGCGAUACAUAGGCAAACCAAAAAGAGGAACGAGGUGCGCAAUAAAGAGUAACUACCGAUAUGUAAUGAUGCAUAAUUAAUUAGGCUAAUUAUUUACACACACAAAAAGGAAAACAAAAAAGCCAAAAAUAUGAAUGUCAAGCCUGUAGCAGCAAUGGCAUAAUUGUAGUAAAAUUAAUUGGUAUUCGAUGGGCCACUUCAUGGCCAGCAAAUAACAUCAAAAUGUGUCCUGUGUCCGGAUCCCCAUUGGGGUUUAGUGUAUAGAGUUUUAAUUGGCAGCAAUCGGGAAAGGAGGUCAUAAGUUGGUUUCAAAAGCAUCAAUUUCCUUUACGAGGGAUUUUAUUGAAAUAAUGAGAUCGAGUUCAAUUUAAACAAAUGUUCUGGCCGCCUAAAGUCCUUUCAUUCCAUUUUCCAUAACUAUUUCCCACAUAUGUAUUUAUUUAAAAAUUUCCGAAGGCAAAAUGAUAGAUAUAAAGGCAGCUAGAAAGCCAAAACCCAAAUUCCGGACAUAGACACACCCAAAUAUCGUUGACAUUUCGAUAUUCGUGUUUCGAAAAUUACACCAUUCACUUGACAAAAUCAAAUGUGCCGAACUUUUGUAGCAAACCAAUACAAUUUACAAAAAGAAACGAACAAUUUAUACAAUGCCAAUAUGGUGAUUACAGCAGAAUUAUGUAACCUUUUAAACGAUAACAAAACCAAAAUAGUUCUAGUCUUAGUCGAUAUAUAUAUAUAUAUUUAAAUAUAUGUGUAUGUAUAUUUUUUUCGUGUGUGUGUAUGGAAAAAUUAGGCAAAAAAAGAGGACUUCAACUCCAAGCAAAUGAGAACUAAAUAACUAACGAUAGGCAUAAGAAAAUUGAAAAUUGGCAAACUAGAUGAAUGCAGAUCGUGGACAUUUCCACUACAUUUGCCCCACAUUAAUGGUUUACCCACAAUAUAUACAGCAUUGAUAAAAUAUAGAACAAAACUUAACUCUUUAACGAAAAAUUCUUAGAACUUAAGCCAGACACAGACGGAAUAAUAAAUAAAGCCCAAAUCCGUGCACUGCAAGUGGCACGUUAUAGUGUAAGUAGUAGGAAUUAACUAUGCCCCGGAUAUGGAUAUGGUGAAGGGGUCGUUUAUAGGUGGAACAUAAUCCCUGGCUAACGAUUAACCACUUUUGUUGUUUACGUUUGUUCAAAUUGUUUUAUUGACAAUUAAGUCCCGACGGGCGAGCGAGAAUGCCAAUGAGAAAAUAUUAUGAAUAUUAUUAAUGAAUAACCCAAAAAAACAAACACUACUCGUAAAUCAAACAUAAAAGUUAGGUAAAGCGUGCAGAACUUUUUUUUGGGUCGAACGAAAGCAAAAAAAAAAAAAAAAACAUAAGUAAAUGUGAUUGUUAUUUAACCUUAAGUUAUUAUUAAAACCUAACUUAAACUGAUAUGUGUGUGUGUGUGUAUGCGUUUAAGAAAAUAUAAAGCCAAACGAACCGAAACGAACCGAAUUGAACGGAACGGAACGAAACGAUAACGAAUGGCAAUGGAGCGCUCAAAAGUAAAGGCAAGCGAUAAGCGAUAAACGAUUACCGAUUAACGAUAGCUGGCAACUAGGCGAGAGCAUGCCCUGCUAUAAACGGGAACUAACCCGAAAUAAAUGAAAUUCAAUAUUGAGAACGAUUGCAACCGAAACCAAACGAGAAAUACACACGAAAAGCAAAGUCAA